CGCCUGUCGCAUCAACGCUACCGCAGUGGAAUCGCAGGAAGAUAUUGCGAAAAUCGAAGCAGCACAAUGUGCGACUGCUCCUUCGAUUGGCGGAAGCACCGCAAAACUCAAAGACAAACGAGUUGUCGCACACACACCCCAAUAUCGAGCAAUCCGCUCUGCUGGUUGCGUCGCUGCGACUCACCCUUUCCAUCAUUCAUUCAUCCCUUCGCCCUCCCAUCUCCCUUAUCCCCAAACUGCCACCAACCAAACCGUCAUCGCGUGGCUAGCCACCUCUCCCUCACCGUGUCCACUACCACCACACGUGUUGUCAUUUGUUUUCUUCCGUCCCCGCUCCCUCUCUUUUUGUUUCGAUCCAAUUGCCUGCUUCGCAACCGCCCGCCACCCCCAAAGAUGCCUUUCACCGUCGGAGGCCGCAAGGCUGUUUCCAAGAUCCACGCGAUGCUCAUGCGCCAUUCCAAGUCCCUGGUCAUCAUGAGCUCUCUGUCGGAAGAAGACAUGAGACAGUUAGAUGAUGCCAUCAAGACGACGUCUUCGAAUAGCGAGUGAUGCCCGCCUGAUAACUUUGUCCCCCGCCCCCUCUCUAUUCCUGCUGACCCCCCUCCCGUGGCGAUUGCUCGCUCGGUUCCCUCCCUUCAUGUUGCGCACUUGCCUCUGUUGUCACCCACCCCGCGUCUGAGUGAGUGUGUGUUUUGUUUUCCUUCCCUGUAUUCCCUCGUGUAUUCCCUCUCCUCCUCUUCCCACACCUGUGUUUCUCUCCCCCCCUCCCUUUCACUCCUUUGCACCCUUCUUCUUUGUCCCCUCCCCUCCCCUCCUGCCCCUUUCCCGUCGCCCUCUUUCCUCCUGCUGACCCUCCGUGUUAUUAUUCACAUCGGUUACAUGACUCUUUGUUGAUGACAAGCACAACACGCUCUGUUCUGUGCUGCGUUGCUGUGGUCUGCGUGUGCGGGUGGCUCGUUACGACGCCACCUGUCUUGGUGCUGUCGAACCCACAAGCAAGCACCCAUACCGCAACCGCACACGCACGCAUGCGUGCAGUCUUUUUGUGUGUUUGUGCUUGCACAACUGGGUUGUGUUGCUGGCGUGAAUACGCACCACCCAUGAUGGCCUGUAUUGUGUAUGCUUUACACAGCGUUGCUGCUUGCCCUUUGCCUGCUUGCCCUUUGCCUGCUUGCCAUUCCAAUGCCUUCCUUUCAUGCCCGUUGACUGCCUGCUUGCCAUGCACCCCGAAAUGAAAAGGUUCGUUGUUGCUGCGCGCACACCCCAUCACAACCUCAAUAAACGACAACCAAAGCCAAA